AUGCGUAAUCUCAAGGUUCACUCAGUACACUCUGCCAAAGUGGAUGAGAUAAGGCGGUUGGCUCCGAGGCUUCUGUCUGAGACCGGCGGGACCUCAGCCUGCGCAGCGCGUGCAGCCAUCGAAAGGGAGGAAGCCAACUCCAAAAGUCUCUGCACCUCCAUCACCUCGAAGGAUCUCAACACCACCACCACCUCGAAGGAUGUCAACACCACCACCACCUCGAAGGAUCUCAACAUCACCACCACCUCGAAGGAUCUCAACACCAUCACCGCCUCAAAGGAUCUCAACACCUCCACUGUCAUCAGAAGCAGCUGCAUCAUCACCAGCAGCAGCUGCAUCAUCACCAGCAGCAGCACCAGCUGCACGACCACCACCAACAUCCUCAUCCCCAGCCUGCUCCAAAGCAGCCACGCCUUCUUCAUCUACAGCGCCUCUGAAGCCCCCAUCCUCACCCCAGCCUACAGCAGACAGGCCUGUGCUGGGGUUUCCUCAACCACCUGCCCCUCCAUCAAAGACUCCCUCGCCACCUCCCAUGGACCUGUCUUGGGUCCCCCCUGCCCCGUCCACUCCAUCAAGAGAGAAUGGGGACACCUCCCUUUGUUUUUCAUCCCCGCCUUCACUGUUAGACCUACCUGA